GCCAUAGCUGCACAGCCAGCUUGAGAAGGCAGAGGCCAUGGAGUAUUUGCAGAGGAGGUUCUUAGAGGACAGAUUUUCAAGUAAGCUUACUGUAGUGAUAGCAGCACUUUUAGCUCUGCUGCUGAUCUCUCAACAAGUACCUGUAGAAGCAGAUACUGAACAAAAGCAGAAUCAACAUGAAAGAAAAGGGUGGAAAGAUGAAGAAAAGAGAAGCAAACCCAGAAGCAGAAGCAGAAGCAAGCCCAGAAGCAGAGGAUCCAACUGUGAUCCUUUUUACCGAUACUUGUUUGGAGCCUGUGGCCAGUGGCCUUUCCCAACCUCCCCUUCAGAUAACCCAUUUUUGUCACCCUCAAGGCCUUCUCUGCCCCCUUUAGUUUCUUCCCCUCCUCCAGUUUAUCAGCAGCAACCGGCCCCCUUAGUUUCUUCCCCUCCUCCAGUUUAUCAGCAGCCAGCUCCUCCAGUUUAUCGGCAGCCAGCUCCUCCAAUUUAUCGGCAGCCAGCUCCUCCAGUUUAUCAGCAGCCAGCUCCUCCAGUUUAUCAGCAGCCACCUUUGGCUUCACCUGAUACUCCGUCUCCACCCCCUUCAUCUCCCCCACCUCCCUUGGUUCCAUCACCGCCGCCGCCGUUACUAUCUACUCCGGUCCCUUCGGAAAUGGUUCCACCUCCCUUGGUUCCAUCACCGCCACCGCCAUUACUAUCUACUCCAACACCUUCAACCUGGUUUCCACCACCUCUGGUUCCUUCACCACCACCACUGUUUUCUAAUCCAGCACCUUUAAUAACCUUCUCACCACCUCUGCCAGAAUUUUCACUACCUCCACUGGUGCCUGAUCUGCCACCUCCGUUUGAUUUCACACCAGAUCAACCAUCGUUCAUCCCCAUAUUACCUCCACCACUGGUAUCAAUCCCGACCGAACCAUCGCCUUUCACAUUUCGUCCCAUCAUCUUUCUUCCACCUCCCCUGGUUCCUGAAGUUCCAGAUAUUCCUCAGGAUCCAUUUCCCUUUGUGUCUGCACCACCAGCACCAGAUACCGGUUUCAAUGAACCAUUAGUGCCCCUGCCACCUGAACCGCCCUUCACAACUCCAUGAUUCCAUCACCAUCUAAAGAGCUGAAUCCUUUAUGAAUGCAGUAACUAGCAGUCAUCAACUAGUUGAUCAUAACAGUUGUUUACUAUUUCAAAAGUUCCAUGUAAUGUUUGACUUAGGGCGUUUGUAACCAUGGUGAUUACAUUAUGGAUGGAAAUAUAUAAAGCAUAAAACUUCUACAUA